GGUACAGCACGGAAGGCUGUGUUGUAUAUAAACGGACGUCGGCAAAUAGGAAAAACAGUAAGCGAAGCUAGUUCUUACAGAUGGGGGUUGUUGUCAGGUCUGGGUUUACAGUUUAUUACGAUAUAAUGAAACUAUACAGAAAUUAAUGAUUUUUGACACAAGAACAGUUUUAUAGUGUCAGAUCACUCUGACUUGUAAAGGUAAGGGCGUAGUUGCCAGAGUUGUGGUGCAUUAAAUGGAGGAGAAGAAGGAAGACGGAGACCCGGAGAUACAGGAACACGGACCCGAGCACUGGUUCUCCAAAUGGGAGCGGCAGUGUUUGGCCGAGGCGGAGCAGAGGGAACUGGGCGAGGAGGAGGCCGACAACGACCAAGAAAAACUAUGGCAUCUCUUCCAAAACUCCGCUACAGCUGUAGCCCAGUUAUAUAAAGACAGAGUAUGCCAUCAGCAGGGUCUGUCAUUGUGGGUGCCAUUUCAGAAUGCUGCUACAGCAGUCACCAACCUUUACAAAGAGAGUGUGGAUGCUCACCAGAGAAGCUUUGAUCGGGGCAUUCAGAUAGGCCAUCAACGACGUAAUAAGGACAUGUUGGCCUGGGUGAAAAAGCGCAGGAGAACCAUUCGCAGGGAGGACCUGAUUAGCUUCCUGUGCGGCAAAGCACCACCACACAGGAGUAGCAGGGCCAACACUCGUCUGGCCAUGGUGGCCCCCAGUCGGGCCAAUUCGCCAGCUGAGACGGGCUCAUCUGUGGAGGCAGAUCUUCAGCCCUUCAGGGAGGCUAUAGCACUUCAUGGUCUAAGUGGAGCCAUGGCCAGCAUCAGCGUGCGCUCUGGUGCUCCAGGUUCUCCCACGCAUGUGAGCAGUGGUAGCAGCAAUGGAGGUGGUGCUGGUGGAGGUGGUUCUUCUGGCGUGGGUCCCGUGUGCCGCAGCAGGCGUAACGGGCUUCAAGACGUCGACCUGAACACUUUCAUCUCAGAGGAGAUGGCACUGCAUCUGGACUCUACAGGCGCUGCCUCUGCAGGUGUUGGAGGAAACAGGAAACGAAACUCCACCCAGUGUAGUGAUGUCAUCACAGACUCCCCAACGCACAAACGCAACAGGAUGAUCUGAUCUGAAGCCUGGUUGUGUCCAUGAGAGGGAGGGGGAGCCUUUGAAGCCAAGGCUAGGGAAGAGGGAUGGGGUCACGUUGAACAGAUGUGCAGAGGGACAGACAGACGGGUGGACGGACGGAUGGACGGACUGUCGCCUGGAUGUGCUGAACAACCCGGGCUGGAAAAAAAAGAAACUGUACUGGACUGUUAGGUCGCUUCAAUCUAAGCAGAUGUUGGAUGAAUCGUUUUCCUUGUCUCCUUUUCUGACACUAAUACCACAAAUCACUGCUCUGCAAUCACAACAUCUCAUGAGUUCUUGAGAGAGUCUGUGGUCUGGUCAACAUCACAUACUCUGCAGACAUUUCUAUCCUGGAAAGGAGACGACAAAGGAACCAUGGCAUUGUGGGAUGCAGACUGUUUCGGAAGGGUUGACUACGCACUGUGCUGCUUUACAAGUAAAAAGCCACUUGAUCCUUGACACACUUGUGCACUUCACUCCUUUUAACCUCGCUCAUCGUCACCCGCCACCUUAACAAGGAAGUGAGGGCCAUGAUCAAAUCGACUCACUUGGUGAAUCGAGUUGCUCGCCAAAUGUUGGACCCAGUUCUGUCAAAGAAAGCAGAAUGAAGUUAUUCUGUGAUGUCAUCACAGCUCCUGGUCGAUGUCGCCUGUCUGUUGGGGGAAGAAAAAACAAGUUUCCCAGUAUCAGUCCAUCGUUGGCAGCACUGUCCUCAUGUGCUGCCUGUAACCACUCACACUUAUCUGGUUACAAGACUUGAUCACAUGUAUCUACCAAUAGCAGGCUAUUGAUAAUUGGACAUAAAGAUCCUAUUCUCUGCAAACUAUUCUGCGUCAUUCAUUGCUUGAGUUACUUAAACCAUUUGCCAUUUUUUUCUUUUGCAUUUCUUUAAACCACCAGUGUUAAAACUUUGGUUAGCCACUAUUUGUAUUCAUCUCCACCGUGUUCUUAUUUGUUUGUUUUUUUGAGGAUAAUGAAAAGGAAUAAUCAUCUUUGUCAUUUUCUCAGACGGCCCGUUUGCUGACAGUGACACCCUCGUACCUCUUUACCCUAGAUGUAUUUUUAAAAGCAGCUCGUGUUUUGUGUGAUUUAUUCUGAUAAGUUGCAAUAAGAGUUUUUUUAAAGGAUUUUUUUUUGCACUUAGCUUUCACUUGUUACACAUGCAAACAAAAUCGGCUCUUCCAUAGUAUCUCAGUUGUAGCCUUGUCCAGCCCUACACAGGCCCUGCUUAUGGCCUGUUUGCACAUGAAUUAUCUGUUGGUGCUCAGAAAAAUAAAAGUAAACUUGGAAACAGACCAGAAAGGAGAUCUUCUGCACACCUGCUUCUUCUUUCUCAGGUUUCAGUUCAGGUCUGAGGGAUUUUUUUUUUUUUUUUUGCAUGUGGGCCCGGGUUGUUUUAAAAAAAAAAAAAAAGGGGGGAGUUUAGCUCCCGUCUGAUGAAUAAUUUGACUUACUGGUCGAUAAUCUGUGCUGCAGAGGAAGCACAAAUCGCAAAAUGAUCUUGUUAAGGCAGCGUUUCUCAACAGACAUCCAAAAUAUUUGGUCGUCCAGUGGACGCAGGCCACUGGGUCACUGAGCUACAGCAUUGGAUUGGCUGUUGGGAAAAACUGCUCUUUGUAUAAGGGGUGUGUGCAUUAAUAAGAUGUGAAUGGUAUUUGUUUUUUUAACUUGGUACAGGAUGAUGCAACUCCACUUGUUUCAUUAUUGAAAUAGUUGUUGCCUUCCAUUCGUCUGUAAGAGCAGGAAACACUGAUAUCACACGAGCUGCAAAUGCCAGUAAACAACAGUUUUUAAAAAAAUUAUAUAUAUAUAUAUAUGAACCUGUGUAUAUAUUGAAUUAUAAUUAACAAAUGAUUAUUGAAAUUAAAUCAUAUUGGGAUUUGGAGUGAAGAUGCCCAAGUGUUGAAAAUACUGUUCUUAUUUUGCAUAAAAAUUGUAAAAAUAAACAACCCAAAAGUGUAGAAACUGAAUCCUGAUUAAUGGCGCAAAUCAUUGAUGUGAUCUAAGUUCUUAACUAAUAAUUGUAUAUAUUUGCAAUAGUGCAAUGCCGCAUUAGUGAUACACAAAUGGACGCGUGUACAAAGCAGACCAGUUGUGAGACGCCAGUGUUUCCUGCUCUUUUUACACCUUUUUUUUUUGCUUUGUUCGCUCUGCUUGACUUUUUUCUUUUUUAAACCUGGACAGUAGUUUUGUUUAGUUGUGUAAAGCAUGCCAGAUUUUAAAAUUCUGUUACAUAUUGGUCACAGAGUUCUGUUCUUUUGCCUACAAGCUUAGCUAUUAUUUUCACACACAGACUUGUAUAUGAAAACACAUACUUGCUGAUCAGAGAACUAGAAAUAUUUAAAUUGAAAUUUGCUGAUUCUGUUUGACACUGUCUGAUGGUAUGGUUAAAGAAAAAUCAGUUUUCAUGGCUAUUGGGUUGAUAAGAUGUUUACUGUACGGAAGAAAAGCUAAUGCUUACGAGCGAGUGCUCAUUAGGUUCACACAAUGCAAAGUCGGGAGAAUAAUGUGAAGAUGGAAGUGACUUUUCUGGUUGUGUCUAAAGUAAUUCAUUUAUUAUCCAGAGGUUUUCAACAAGUGCUACGAAGUGACAUGCUUUGUUGUAGCCUACGAACUCACUGUUUUCUCACAAUUUAAUCUUUUUAAGCACUUGAGAUGUCAAGAGAACCGGCUGCAGAUGAAGUUAAAUCCCUAAUUGGCAUCGGUUUCUCUGGUGACUUAAACCAAACUGCGUUGAGCCACAAAUUAGUAGUUCUAAACUCGCCAGUGUUUCUCUGACUUUAGAGAGAAGAUGAGAAGCCUCCACUAAACCUGAACUCUUGACUACCAACAGGACAGUUCUCCAAAGGCUCGAGGAGAGUUUGGCCAUGAGCAGCACGGUGCUGUUUACCCUUCCCAUGAUAAUUGUUUCAGUUGCACCCCCCAUCUUUAUUCUUUCGUCACAAGAAAGGGAAUUUUUGCCCUGUGUUUUCCUUUCCUUGUUUUAAGCCAAUCGCUGGCCUUCAUUUAUGAUGUUUCCAAAAAGGCUGACUCAUGCCAUAUGUCUCUGGAGCCAACACUAUUAUUAUUAUUAGCUGUUUCUUGCUACUUAUUUGUUUUAAAAGGAAAUAAAUGGCUAAUCUAUAUACUAAACAUUUAAUUGUUGGUAUGAUAUGUGGUUCACAUUGUAAACGAAAAUAAACCAUUGAGUUGCGAUCGGAUGGACUGUGGUUCAUUAAAAAAAGUUAAAAUAUAA